UUUCAUUGUUUGAAAGACGCAAUUCGCGGUAAAAACUGCUUAAAAAUUUUAUCAAUAACAAAAUAAAACAAUAAUAGUUUCAAUACGGAACGGAGAGAAACCGUCAACACAUUAAAACAUUGGUUUUGUAAUUUUGGUUACUCUUGGAAUAAUCAGAUUUGAAUACUUACAAUACUUGUUUAUUUUCAAGAUGGAUUACAAACUAUCAGGAGGUUCUCUUGAGGUUAUAAUGACUGGCGGCCAUUAUGAUAAACCUGUAAUGCAAGUGUUGGGUAGCAAGAAAAUACAAGGAAGCGGUGCCAACGAGAGGUUCAGAUUGCUGGUAUCUGAUGGGAAGCACUCGCACAGUUUCGCCAUGCUAGCGACACAACUCAAUGACAAACUGAUAACUGGAGAACUGUGUGACUACUCUGUUGUUCAAAUUGACCGCUUUGUCACAUCUCUGUUGAAAAACACUGGUAAAGGGGAAAAGCGAGUUAUGAUAAUAUUAGAUGUAACUGUCCUUGCUCCUGGAACUCAAGUAGGAAAAAAAUUGGGGAACCCACAAACCUGGUCUGAGGAGACAGCAUCUGCCCCGGCCCAGCCUGCAAUGAAACAUGCGCCAACUCCAAGUCCUGCUAAACCUGUACAGAUGCCGCGGCCAACUCCCACUGCAGGACUUGAUAACAGCAUUAUAUCUUCUCAAAUGACACAUCCUAUUGCUAGUUUAAGUCCAUAUCAAAAUAAAUGGGUGAUCAAAGCACGAGUGAUUAACAAGUCUGGUAUCAGAACAUGGAGCAAUGCGAAAGGUGAAGGCAAGUUAUUUAGCAUGGAUCUCUGUGAUGAGAGCGGCGAGAUCAGAGCUACAGCUUUCAAGAAUGAAUGUGACAAGUUCUAUGAUAUGAUACAGGUGGACAAAGUAUACUACAUCAGCCGUUGCACAUUGAAGACGGCCAACAAACAGUUUUCAAGCCUGAAGAACGACUAUGAGAUGACAUUCAACAGCGACACAGUAGUAGUUGAGUGCCAAGAGGACGCUGGCGCCGUGCCGUGCGUCAAGUACGAUUUUAUGCCCAUCAAUGAAAUUGCUAACAAGAAUCCCGACACUUUACUAGAUGUGAUUGGCGUUUGUAAAUUUGCUGCCGACGUUCAAGAGUUGACGGCGAAGAGCACGGGGAAGUUGCUCAAAAAGAGGGAGGUUACACUUGUUGAUUCUUCAGGCGGCGCGAUUGCCUUAACACUUUGGGGAAAUGAAGCAGAGAAAUUCGACGGCAGUACAAAUCCCGUUGUCGCAGCAAAGGGUGCUCGGCUAACCGAGUUUAAUGGCAGUAAAAGCCUGUCUUGCCUGGCGAGCACGAUGCUGCGCUACAGCCCGGACCUGCCCGAGGCGCACCGGCUGCGCGGCUGGUACGACAACGGCGGCGCCGACAUGGAAGUUGUCAAUAUUUCUGCCAAGUCCGGCGUGUACGGCGGUGGGAGCAACGAAUGGCUGACAUUCGCCGACGCCGAGGCCCGUCAACUAGGUUCAGGAGACAAGGGCGAUUAUUUCAACCUGCUCGGAGUGCUAACGUUCACUUUCUCCGACAACGCCGUGUACAAGGCGUGCCCGCAGGAACAGUGCAACAAGAAAGUCAUAGACCAAGAUAACGGCUCGUUCAGAUGCGAGAAAUGCAAUCGCGAGUACCCCAACUAUAAACAUAGGAUGCUGCUGGCGGCUAACGUAUCGGACCCAACUGGCGACCAGCGCGUUACCGCGUUCAACGAGACAGCAGAAGCGAUGCUUGGCAAAACUUCGGCUGAAAUCGGGCAACUGUUCGACUACGACAAGAACGCGUACGCACAGCUUUUCGAAGAGGUCAAGUUCAAAUCAUUCGUGUUCAAGUUCCGUACGAAAAUGGAAACUUAUAAUGAUGAAACCCGCCUAAAGACAAUAGUAAUGAAUGCUCUGCCAGUCGAUUACAAAGAUGCCAACGCAAGACUGAUUAAAAGCAUCAAAACUCUAACGGGAGUAGAAGUCUAAUUUUUUCUCGAAAAUCACUUCUAUUUGCAAGAUUGUGAAACUACCAGCCAAGUACAUAAUGGUGUUAAAUCCGAAGUAAUUUCAAUUAUGGCGUUUAAUACAUAGUAUUUUUAAUAAUGUGUUGAAACUGUAUUAAUAAUUAUCUGCCUUUUACAAGUCGCUGGACGAAAUUGUUGUAGUUUUUUAAAUGAGAAACAAUCUAGAUAUAUGUGUAUGUACCUAAUACAAUUAAGUUAAAGGAAUGAUUCCUAUUGCAAAUAUUUUCAACGAAGGUUAUUUAAUAAA